AGACAAACAGUUUACCCAAAACUCAAAACACAAUUUGUUAUUAUUAUUGUAAUAUUAGUACUAAAUAUAAUCAACCAUAGCUUAAUUAUACCCACUAAAACCUUUAACUCACGACACGAAAUAAUGUACCAUCUCCUCAUCAUUGUCAUUAUACUCUCCUUCUCUUCAAUUCCCAUCGCCUUCGCCGUCGAUGAAGCUUUCCCUUCAGUUCCAACUACCUUCCGCGUCGCAACGAAACACUCCGACGAUCAAAAGCCAAUCCGCCGAGAAGUUUAUGGCGGAGAAAGGAAGAUAUUCGACAUCAGCCACCAGUACACACCAGAGCUGCCAGUUUGGGAGUCUUCAGAAGGAUUAGGAAGGUUUAUGAGACUUGCCGUGAGCAUGAAGAAUGGAUCCGUCGCUAAUAUCUCGAAGAUGAAACUAUCUGUUCACUCUGGAACUCAUGUUGAUGCUCCAGGCCAUUUCCAUGAACAUUAUUAUGAUUCUGGUUUUGAUUCUGAUUCACUUGAUCUUCAAAUCCUUAACGGUCCUGCUUUAUUGGUUGAUGUUCCAAGAGAUAAGAACAUUUCAGCUGAGGUUAUGAAAUCACUUCAUAUUCCAAAGGGAAUCCGUCGUGUGCUCUUUAAAACUUUGAACACGGAUAGGCGGCUUAUGUUUAAGAAAGAAUUUGAUUCAAGCUUUGUUGGGUUCUUGAUCGAUGGGGCGAAAUGGUUGGUUGAGAAUACAGACAUCAAACUUGUUGGGCUUGAUUAUCUUUCAUUUGCUGCUUAUGAUGAAGCACCUGCGACGCAUAGGUUUAUACUUGAACGACGGGAUAUAAUCCCUGUCGAAGCGCUGAAGCUGGAUGAUGUGGAGGUAGGAAUGUACUCGCUUCAUUGCUUACCGUUGAGAUUGGUUGGAGCGGAAGGAGCACCAACGAGAUGCAUUCUCAUCAAGUGAUUCAGUUCAUCUUCCUCUCUAAGUAUUCAGUAUACAAAAUCUGAUAAUAAAUAUUAGGCUUCUUGCUUCCAAGAUAUCAGAACCAUAUAGAAGAUGUUAAAAAUGUGAUGAUUCAGUUGUAAAAAGAAGCAUACUUUAUGAAUGUGUGUUGUAUUUAUGUGUGUGAUAAUGGCUAGUUUACUAGAGAGUAAGUUAAAGAAGCUAUCCAUUGUUGCUGAA